AUGACGACAAAUAUUGUUGAGUCGGUUAACUCAAUAUUUCUUGAUGAAAGAGAAUAUCCCAUUACUGCUUUAUUUGAUGCAAUAAACAGACGAUUUGCAGAAAAAUUUCCUGAGAGGCGUAUGAAAUUCAUUAAUGCACCAACCAUCUUUGUCCUUGCGACAGAAAAAGACAUUGCAAAAAAUAUUAAUCUGGGGAACAAGCUAUUGAUCCAUCAAACUGCCAACUACAAGUAUAUUGUCACCGGUCAUGAUGAAGUUGCAACAGUUGAUUUGCUAGCCAAAUCUUGUACUUGUAAAAUCUUUGACAUUGACAAAGUACCAUGUCCACAUGCUAUGGCAACGCUUCGAUGCCAAUAUGGUGAUGACUAUGGAAGACACAUUUAUGAGUACUCCUCUUCGUAUUACAAAGUAGAGGUAUACCUUAUUGCAUAUGUUGAGGAAAUUAAACCGGUGCCAUCUGAAGAAACUUGGGAAGUUCUUAUUGAGAUUUUAGAGAGAAAAAUACCUUCUCCAUUUGUUGAGUCAGGCAAGGUUGGAAGAAGGUCCUCAAAAAUACAUAAAGGAAUCGGGAAAUCAUUUUCAAUGAAGAAAAAUAAAUGUUCUUUAUGCAAAAGAAUUGGUCAGAAGAGGACAACAUGCUCCGAGCGAAAUGUUGCAUAA